AACACUUUCUUUCUCUCUCUCUCUACCGCGAUUAACGUAAUCUCUGUCACAAACAACCAAAACGCUAUCUCUGUCUCUCUCUCUCUUAUGAGAAGAAAACACUCUCGAAAAAUGAGAGCACGACUACUAUGAACACGACGCCAUUUCAAUCGGAUCCUCCGCCGUCGAGGACCCAGCGGAGGCUCGUCGUCGAGGUCGUGGAGGCGCGUAAUAUUCUCCCCAAAGAUGGUCAAGGCAGCUCAAGCGCAUACGUCGUCGUCGAUUUCGAUGCUCAGAAGAAACGAACCUCCACCAAGUUCCGUGACCUAAACCCUAUCUGGAACGAGAUGCUCGAUUUCGCCGUCUCCGACCCCAAAAACAUGGACUACGACGAGCUCGAUGUCGAGGUCUACAACGACAAGAGGUUCGGCAACGGUGGCGGCCGGAAAAACCAUUUUCUCGGUAGGGUUAAGAUCUAUGGAAGCCAGUUCUCUAGAAGAGGCGAGGAAGGUCUCGUCUAUUUCCCCUUGGAGAAGAAGAGCGUUUUCAGCUGGAUUCGCGGUGAGAUUGGGCUUAAGAUUUACUACUACGACGAGGUCGCCGACGAAGACAUGGCGAUUGGUGGCCAGCAACCGCCGCCGCCGCAAGAAGCGGAUGAACAGUUUCCUCCGCCGCCGCAGCAGAUGCAGAAUCUCCCGCCGGAGAAACCUAAUGUAGUCGUGGUAGACGAAGGUAGGGUUUUCGAAUCGGUUCAAAAUCAUGGGGAUAUGUGCCGUAGCUAUCCGGAAGCUCAACAGCCACCGGUGGUUGUCGUCGUGGAGUCACCGCAACAAGUAAUGCAAGGUCCCGGUGAUAACCAUCCUCCACGGCCGCCGUCUCCGCCACCUCCUCCGUCGCGUCCAUCGGCGGGGGAAGUGCAUUAUUAUCCACCGGAAGUGAGGAAGAUGCAGGUAGGGAGACCUCCCGGCGGAGACAGAAUUAGGGUUACGAAGAGACCAAAUGGGGAUUUCUCGCCUAGGGUUAUCAACAGCAAAAUCGGAGGAGAUGCGACGAUAGAGAAGAAGACUCAUCAUCCUUACAAUCUUGUUGAGCCAAUGCAGUAUCUGUUUGUUAGGAUUGUGAAGGCGCGUGGGCUACCGCCAAACGAGAGCGCGUACGUCAAAGUCCGGACAUCGAACCAUUUCGUCCGGUCUAAACCGGCCGUUAACCGGCCCGGCGAAUCAACAGACUCUCCGGAGUGGAAUCAGGUUUUCGCACUUGGUCAUAACCGGUCAGAUUCCGCUGCUUCCGGCGCGACUCUCGAGAUCUCCGCUUGGGACGCUUCGUCGGAGGGAUUUCUCGGAGGAGUAUGUUUCGAUCUCUCCGAGGUUCCCGUUCGCGAUCCGCCGGACAGUACGCUCGCGCCUCAGUGGUACCGGCUCGAAGGAUCCGCCGCGGAUCAGAAUUCCGGGAGAGUCUCUGGCGAUAUUCAGCUCUCUGUUUGGAUCGGCACUCAAGUAGACGAAGCUUUCCCGGAGGCGUGGAGCUCCGACGCUCCACACGUAGCUCACACACGCUCAAAGGUAUACCAAUCGCCGAAGCUCUGGUACUUGAGGGUUACGGUUCUCGAAGCACAGGAUCUCCACAUUGCUCCAAACCUUCCGCCAUUGACGGCGCCUGAGGUCCGUGUCAAAGCUCAAUUAGGGUUUCAGUCGGCGCGUACAAGACGAGGCUCAAUGAAUAACCACAGCGGGUCGUUCCAUUGGCACGAGGAUAUGAUCUUCGUCGCUGGAGAACCAUUGGAAGACUGCUUGAUGCUGAUGGUUGAAGACCGGACGACUAAAGAACCAACGGUUCUAGGGCACGCCAUGAUCCCAGUGAGCUCCAUCGAGCAGAGAAUCGAUGAACGCUUCGUGCCGUCGAAAUGGCACAGUUUAGAAGGAGAAAGUGGAGGAGGAGGAGGUGGUGGUGGACCUUACUGCGGAAGGAUUAGCCUUAGGCUUUGUCUUGAAGGUGGGUAUCACGUGCUUGAAGAGGCGGCGCACGUGUGCAGCGAUUUCCGACCGACGGCUAAACAGCUCUGGAAACCACCAAUCGGAAUACUUGAGUUGGGGAUUCUCGGAGCUCGUGGGUUGUUGCCGAUGAAGGCUAAAAACGGAGGUAAAGGUUCCACUGAUGCUUACUGUGUUGCUAAGUACGGCAAGAAAUGGGUCCGGACACGAACCAUAACAGACAGUUUCGACCCGAGAUGGCACGAGCAGUACACGUGGCAGGUUUACGAUCCUUGCACUGUUCUAACCGUUGGGGUAUUUGACAAUUGGAGGAUGUUCUCGGACGUCUCCGAUGAUAGACCUGACACUCGGAUAGGGAAGAUACGGAUUCGAGUCUCGACGUUAGAGAGCAACAAAGUGUACACCAAUUCGUAUCCUCUCUUGGUUCUCUUACCUAGCGGUCUGAAAAAGAUGGGUGAAAUCGAAGUGGCGGUCCGGUUCGCGUGCCCGUCGCUGUUACCUGAUGUUUGCGCGGCUUACGGACAACCACUUCUGCCUCGGAUGCACUAUAUAAGGCCUUUAGGUGUAGCACAACAGGAUGCAUUGAGAGGAGCCGCUACGAAAAUGGUUGCAGCGUGGCUGGCUCGAGCAGAACCACCGUUGGGACCGGAGGUGGUUCGAUAUAUGUUGGAUGCGGAUUCUCACUCGUGGAGCAUGAGGAAGAGCAAAGCGAAUUGGUAUAGGAUUGUUGGGGUUUUAGCUUGGGCAGUGGGUUUAGCUAAGUGGUUGGAUAAUAUCCGGCGGUGGAGGAACCCGGUGACUACUGUGCUAGUCCAUAUUCUGUAUCUGGUUCUUGUUUGGUACCCUGAUUUGGUUGUACCGACGGCGUUCUUGUACGUGGUGAUGAUCGGAGUUUGGUACUACCGGUUUAGACCCAAGAUACCGGCUGGUAUGGAUAUCAGGUUAUCACAAGCGGAAACCGUUGAUCCUGAUGAACUAGACGAAGAAUUCGACACCAUACCGAGCUCAAGGCGACCAGAAGUAAUCCGAGCUAGGUACGACCGGUUAAGGAUCUUAGCGGUGAGGAUUCAGACCAUUCUAGGCGAUUUUGCAGCGCAAGGUGAACGAAUUCAAGCGUUGGUUAGCUGGAGAGAUCCGAGAGCGACGAAGCUGUUCAUAGCAAUCUGUUUGGCGAUCACAAUAGUUCUGUAUGUGGUUCCGGCGAAAAUGGUGGCGGUGGCUCUAGGGUUUUACUACCUCCGGCAUCCGAUGUUCCGGGACACUAUGCCUACGGCGAGUCUCAAUUUUUUCCGGCGGUUGCCUAGCUUGUCUGAUCGGCUCAUCUAAGGGCUUAACUUUUGAGAGGAAGAAAGAAGUCAUGAAGAGUAAAUUUACUAAGUUAGGUGUUUUUGAGUAUUCAGCAGUUUCUUGUGAUAUUUGAGCUGAGGAGGAGAUAGAAUAAAAAAGAUUCGUUAUGGGUUAAGCUAAGAAGCUAUGAUUUUAAUCAUAUUAUUAUGAUUCGUUAUUUUAUUAGUGGGAUUCUGUCGGAAACUAUAAUCAGAUGGUAUGGACUAUGGAGUCUUGAGACCUGACUGUAAUAUUAUGAAGCAAACGAGAGAGAUUUCAGAUUUGCGAGGUUAACAAUAAAAAUAGUCAAACUUGUC